AAACCCUUAUUUUCUUGUGAUUCUCAAGACGAGAAAGCUGCGACUGCAAAGGAAACAAUUGAAGCCAUAGAUGAGGAGAACAAGACUAUCAUUUUCAACAUAUUUGAAGGAGAUGUCAUGAAGGAUUACAAGAGCUUCAAGUCCAUCGCUCAAUUUACGUCAAAGGGCGAUGGCAGCUUGGUGAAAUGGAGUACAGACUACGAGAAGCUCAAUGAGGAUGUCGCUACGCCCAGAAAAUGUUUGGACUUUGCAGCUACUGUCCUUAAGGAUAUUGAUGCACAUCUUCUCAAACCAUAG